AUGGCGACGACUACAGACACCAAGAACUACAAGUUCAACCACUCGAUGCUUCGGGUCAAGGAUCCCAAGGCAUCUGUCAAGUUCUACGAAUUCCUGGGCAUGAGCUUGAUCAAGCACCUGCAGUUCCCCGAGGCCAAGUUCGACCUAUACUUCCUGGCCUACGACUCACCGAACGCCCUCUCCUCGGGCAACUCGACAUUUGACCGCGAGGGCGUCAUCGAGCUGACCCACAACUAUGGCACCGAGAACGACGACAACUACACCGUCAACAAUGGCAACAAGGAGCCGCACCGCGGCUUCGGCCACGUCUGCAUCAGUGUCGACAACAUCCAGGCCGCCUGCAACCGCAUCGAGCAGGCCGGCUACAAGUUCCAGAAGAAGCUGACCGAUGGCCGCAUGAAGCACAUCGCCUUCGCCCUCGACCCGGACGGCUACUGGGUCGAGAUCGUGAGCCUCAAGAUAGGCACCAAGGGCGCCGACGACCCCAACGAGCCCUCGGACCCCAGCGCCACCGACCCCAAGUCCUACCGCAUGAACCACACCAUGAUCCGCGUCAAGGACGCCCAGAAGUCGCUCGAGUUCUACCAGGACAAGAUGGGCAUGACCCUGUUCCGCACCGUCGAGCAGGAGGCCGCCGGCUUCAACCUGUACUUCCUGGGCUACCCCGGCGAGAAGGGCGUGCCGGAGAACGGCUUCACGGCCGACUACGAGGGCCUCCUCGAGCUGACCUGGAACUACGGCACCGAGAAGGACGAGAACUUCAAGUACCACGAUGGCAACUCGCAGCCGCAAGGUUUCGGCCAUAUUUGUGUUUCGGUAGACAACAUUGAUGCUGCGUGCCAGCGAUUCGAGACCCUGAACGUCAACUGGAAGAAGCGCCUCACGGAUGGGCGCAUGAAGAACGUUGCUUUCGUGUUGGAUCCUGAUGGCUACUGGGUAGAGAUUGUCCAGAACGAGCGGUUUGCUGGCAAGGCCAAUUUUUAA